GAAAACCACAGCGAAUUUCAAAACCAGGUGCAUAAUGGCUCCCAAGGACCUGAAGUCAGAAGAUUUCAAGGAAAAAUCUGUAAAGCCCUUACUUGCAUAAUCAGAGUGGAAAAAAAUCCUUAAAGUUGGAACAAAAAUCACCCUAAAUAAAAUCUAAGACUAAAGGUCAUAUCCUCCCAACUACCACCACCUCAGCACAUCUGUCCCAUCUCCAGAUUUGUGCCCUCACAACCACCUGAAGCAUUUCUCAGGAGACAGAGAGGACAGAGCCACGAUGAGGAGCUCCGGGCUGUAGGAGGGAAGUAGGUCGCGCCCACUGAAAAUGCCUCUAAGGGACAAGUGCUGUCAGACGGACCACCAUCACCAUGGAUGCUGCGAGCCAGUAUAUAUCCUGGAACCCGGAGAUCCACCCUUGUUGCAGCAACCACUUCAGACGUCAAAAUCUGGUAUUCAACAAAUUAUUGAAUGCUUCCGAUCAGGAACAAAACAACUUAAACACAUUUUGUUAAAAGAUGUGGACACUAUUUUUGAAUGUAAGCUAUGCCGUAGUCUCUUCAGAGGAUUACCAAAUUUAAUUACGCAUAAAAAGUUCUACUGCCCUCCAAGUCUCCAGAUGGAUGACAACCUGCCAGAUGUCAAUGACAAACAAAGCCAAGCCAUAAGCGAUCUCCUAGAAGCCAUUUAUCCAAGCAUGGACAAGCGAGAAUACAUCGUCAAGCUAGAACCGAUAGAAACAAAUCAAAACGCGGUGUUUCAGUACAUUUCAAGGACCGAUAACCCAGUCGUGGUCGCAGAGUCAAGUAACACUCCCGAUCAGACCCUCGUAUCAACACAAGAACCUAGCAGCGAGCAGUCCAAAACAACUCCACCUCCAGAAGCCGAGGCAGAAAUUGUAGAAGCUUCUCCGCCUGAGGCGGUUGCCAGUGAAGUGACACCUGCUUCUGAGGAAAAGCCUCAGGAAUCACACCCUAACCUGGAAGCUUCUGAUAACUCCAGUUUGGGCCACCAGUUGAUUUGUUGUCUUUGUAGAAAAGAGUUCAACUCGCGCCGCAGUGUGCGUCGGCACAUUAGAAAAGUUCACAAGAAAAAAAUGGAAGAACUAAAGAAGUUCAUCGAAACCCGAAAGACUCCAAACAAGUCCUCCGCUAAAGGGCGCAACAAGAAUGUCCUAGUCCCGCUAAGUAGAAGUUGUCCAGUGUGUUGUAAAUCGUUUGCUACAAAAGCGAACGUUCGCAGGCAUUUUGAUGAAGUUCAUCGAGGACUGAGGAGGGAUUCAAUUACUCCUGAUAUAGCUACAAAGCCUGGGCAGCCUUUGUUCCUGGAUACUGUUUCUCCUAAAAAAUCUUUUAAGACGCGAAAACAAAAGUCGUCUUCAAAGGCUGAAUACAAUUUAACUGCAUGCAAAUGCCUUCUUUGCAAGAGGAAAUAUAGUUCACAAAUAAUGCUUAAAAGACAUAUGCAAAUUGUCCACAAGAUAAGUCUUUCUGGAACAAACUCGAAGAAAGAGAAAGGCCCUAACAACACUGCUAACAGCACAGAAAUGAAAGUAAAAGUUGAACCAGCAGAUUCCAUAGAACCUUCACCCCCUUCCAUUCCCCAUUCUCCACAGAAUGAAUCAAAGGGAACAAAUCAUUCAAAUGAGAAAAAGAACACACCGGCAGCACAGAAAAAUAAAGUUAAGAAAGUCUCUGACAGCCUUAAAUCAACCAGUCCUCAUGCUGCAGGUGGCCAGCAGAAAACCAGGAAACCAAAACUCUCAGCUGGCUUUGACUUCAAGCAGCUUUACUGUAAACUUUGUAAACGGCAAUUUACGUCCAAACAGAACUUAACAAAACACAUUGAGUUGCACACUGACGGAAAUAACAUUUAUGUUAAAUUCUACAAGUGUCCUCUUUGCACUUAUGAAACUCGUAGAAAGCGUGAUGUGAUACGGCACAUAACUGUAGUGCAUAAAAAAUCAUCACGCUAUCUGGGCAAAAUAACGGCAAGCUUGGAGAUCCGGGCGAUAAAAAAGCCCAUUGAUUUUGUUUUAAAUAAAGUGGCAAAAAGAGGCCCUCCGAAGGACGAAGUGAAACAUAACGAUUCAAAGCACCACGGCACCUCUAACUCUCCCAGUAAAAAAUAUGAAGUAGCCGAUGUUGGCAUUGAAGUAAAAGUUACAAAAAACUUUUCUCUUCACAGAUGCAAUAAAUGCGGAAAGGCAUUUGCCAAAAAGACUUACCUCGAGCAUCAUAAGAAAACGCAUAAGGCAAAUGCUUCUAAUACGCCCGAAGGAAACAAAACCAAAGGCCGAAGUACAAGAUCUAAGGCUCUUGUCUGGUGAGGAAUAGUUAGAGUUUUGUUUAUUUUCUGUCAGAGUUUUAAAAAAAAUCAUUUGGCCACAGUGUAUCACAGCUCCAUCUUAACUCAUGUAUCCACCUACCUUAUUAAGGCACUAGGAACUGCAGGAGAAUUGUGCGUAUCCUAUUUACCUCUUCACUGACCCUUUUCCAGUGUUUUGGGAACAGAAGUUAACUUGCAAGCCUCUCUUCUACAGGACAUUGCAACUUUAGGUGGCACUUUAGGCCAGUGCUCUCAUUUUAAUAUUGUAAAAUAUAUACCUUUACAUUGGCUUUUGUUUACAGUAGAAGUUGUAUGUUUUACUAACUUUGCACAGGUUUGGCUGAUUCAGUGACUUAGUCUACUAAUUAAUGCAUCAGUAGGAAAGUUACAGAACUACUAGUGAAAACUUGUGAAGGCAAUAAUUAUAGGAAGAGAUCUUUAAGAUACUGUAAUUGUUGUAAAAUUGAUUUAUGAUGGCUAAAUAAAGUGCUACACUCGGGAAAAAAAAUCCCUAAAUAUAAUUUAGAAUGAUCAGCAAUAACAAAGUGUUUAUAACUUUUUAAAGACUGUCUUCAGGGAAGGGUAGAAAUCUAGUAAAGUUUGGGUUUCAUUUCUUUGUGUUCUUUUGUUUGCUGCUUUUAGUUUAGGUUUUUUUGGGGGUUUUUUUUUUUGUUUGCUGUUUUUUAGUUUUGGAGAAGAUGGUAUUUGGAGAGUUCCCAAUGGUUUUUUUAUUCUUCCCUUCUUUUGUUCAAAUAAACGUUUUGAUGAUCAUUUCAAUAUAGUUAAUAAUUUUCCCAGGGGUUUUUGUGUGUAGCAGAAAGUAUAAAAAUGUCCCUAUUGGGAAAAAAAACCCAAGUUUUUAAAAUGAUACAAAUUUAAAAAUGGAAUAUAAAAUAGAGAAUAAAUUGUCCUAUUCUAUAUUUGUUUUUGCAUGUAAAUAUAUAUCUUUUUUAAAAAACUUUAUCUUCAACACUGGAGUGUCUCCUGUAUUAACGUUUCUUUUGAGUAAACUAGUUCUCGAUUCUGCUUCUAAAGCAGUUUACCAAGUUUGGCUAUUUGAAUAGGUUAUGUGUGGUUUAGGAAUCACAGUUCAAUAUAUAAAAUGCCACUUAGAGAUAUGUUUGGGUGGGUUACAAAAAUAUUGUAGCUCUAAAAGGAAGGGUAUCUUUGCUAUCUAAGCGAAAAAAAUUAUAGGCGAUAUCAUUUGGAAGUCAUUUUAGUAUUUUAAAAUCAGCUUUCUACUGGCAAACUUAAAAGUGUUCAUUUAUUCCCAUUUCUCCUCAGAUAACUUCAAGUGAUGUACGAAAAAGUUUGGAGUUCAUAUGUGUGGAAAGAUUUUAAAUUGGUGUUAGAACCACUAAUGUCUUCAAAUGGUACUAUGAGAAAAAAAUAAGUUUCCUAAAUAUUUGAAUUACUGCUCUUUUUUGAAUAAAUUAAUAACCAUUCUGACUACUUGUUUUUAAGACAGUGCCUCUUCCAGCACUUUCAAGUAGCUGUGAAGUUAUCCUAUACUCUGUCCAUCAUAAUCUAAACUGUUAACCAUCCUUGAACUUGGCCUACAGAGUCAUCACAAUGUAUUUUAUAAAAGAGGAAUAUGUAAAAUUAGAUUUUCCCCAGAAGCAGCAGCAAAGCUUUUUAAAUUUAGCCAAUCUACAGUUUAAGAAAACACAGUUGGGGCUGAUAAUUCUAAAAAAAUUGUCUGUUACGUUCAGAGUAGCUCGUGUUCCAUUUUAUUUGUCACCUUCACUAGUCUGAUUAUCAGUAUGAUUUCAGAUUUUUCUCCAAUGAAUGGGUGUAUGCUGAAAACCGCCCAUUACAAUGUAAAAGGACUGAAGUCUGCUAAAUAUUUAUAUUUGUCCUCACAACAGUUCAUGUCCAACUAAUUUCCCAGCUCUUCAGUGUACUGAAAACUUAACUGUACUAAAGUUACUGUAGAGAUCUCCCGAUCAUUUUCAUGCAUGGAUCAUAGUAUCACCUUUUAUUUGUAAACACAGGAGAUGUUUAUAAAAAUUACACAUUCCCCUAUUUUUUCUUUAAAUUUUCUACACAAGCACUUUAAUGAUAGAUGCAACUUAAUUUUUCAGUUUCUAUUUUUUUAAGGGCAACACAUUUACUAAUGUUAAUAUGAAGGUAGUAAAUAUCUUACGGAUAUUUUAAUAGAUACGGACAAUCCAUGCACAACCACUUCUUAUGAUGCUAGUUUUAUUUCUUUAAAUAACUUCAAAGGGAAGACGGAGGGGGUAAUCCCAGGAUAUUUUUUUCUCUCUCAAAUGACCACUUUAGAUAGCAUUUGAUAUUUACUAUAGAAUUUGCGAAAUGAUAAAUUCCUGUCCAUUUUGUAAUAAAUCCCAAUUUUAGCAAAAACACAAGCACACCUACCAUCAUUAAAUUUUUGGCAGGUUUCUGUGUGUCGAUAUUUUGUACUUUUAGAAAAUAUCAUUUUGUUUUUAGUGUUUUGUGUCAAAAUUACCACAAUUUGAAAAGGUACGCCAGAAAUAUCCCAUGUUUUUAUAUAGGUUUGCUCCUUUGCUAAGGAGGAACCCUGUUUCCCUAUAUAUACUUUUUGUAUAAAACCUAAAAAUGUUGAAGAUAACAAGGUCAUAAAAGUGAAAUGCUUCUCUAGCUAGAAAAACGUUUAGCCUUCCUAGUGCUUUGCACUGAAAUAUACUGUGAAAGGAAACUAGAAAGACUGUAACUGUUGCUGGAAAUGUUCUAUAUUGAAUGUACAUGCUCUUGUUUGGAUAAAUGUACUGUAUGUGAUGGAAAUAAACCAGACUGGAAGUCACUUCAGCUAAA